UGCGGCAGCGGCAGCAAGGCGAGGGGGAGCCGGGCGCGGGAUACUGUGAGGGGCGCCUCGGCCGCCGGCCGCCUAGGAGGGGCUUAGCCGCGGCUGGCACCUGCCAGGACGGUCCCCGCGCGGCCGCUCCCUCGCCCCUUUCGCAGCGGCAUCUCGGCAAAUGUGCGCUCCCCAAAGUUGACUAUGAGUUUAAAAAUGAGUGACGAAACCAUCCCCGAGGAGGUCUCCUCGCUCCCUGCUGAGAGCCAGCAUUACUUUGACCGAUUCUCGGAAGAUGACCCCGAGUACCUGCGCAUCAGGAACAUGGCUGCGGACCUGCGCCAAGACUUCAACCUGAUGGAGCAGAAGAAAAGAGUCACCAUGAUUCUGCAGAGCCCCUCUUUUAGGGAGGAGCUGGAGAGCCUCAUCCAAGAGCAGAUGAAGAAAGGAAACAACUCCAACAUCUGGGCCCUUCAGCAGAUAGCCGAGUUCAUGGCCACCACGGCUCCCUCCGUCUUCCCUCCAUCGCCCUUGAACCUUUCCACAGUGACCCCGAUCAAUGACCUCCAUAGUAUGGACUCUGUGUCCUUGGCCAAAGGGGAGCGGCUCAUGCGCUGCAAAGUUGGCGGUGUCUAUCGGUUGCUGGACCUUUAUGGCUGGGCACAGCUCAGCGGCACCACAGUCACGCUGAGAGUCAGCAAAGAACAGGAGCAUUUCCUGGUUUGUCCCGAAGGCCUCUCCUGUCAUGAAGUUACAGCAUCCAGCUUGAUUAAAGUGAACAUCCUGGGGAAGGUGGUGGAGCAAGGCAGCACCAGUUUUCCAGUCGACCCCCGAGGAUUCAGCCUGCACUCGGCCAUCUACGCGGCUCGGCCUGAUGUGAGAUGCAUCAUCCAUCUGCACACACCAGCCACGACCGCAGUCUCCGCAAUGAAACAAGGCCUCUUGCCAAUUUCCCAUGAUGCAUUGCUGGCAGGUGACAUGGUGUAUUUUGACUUCAAUGGUGAGAUGGAGGGAGAGGCAGACAGAAUUGAGUUGCAGAAAUGCCUUGGACCCACCUGCAAGGUUUUAGUGCUCCGGAAUCAUGGCCUGGUGACCCUUGGAGACACAGUGGAAGAAGCCUUCUACAAGGUCUUCCAUUUGCAGGCGGCCUGUGAAGUCCAGGUCGCUGCCUUGUCUAGCGCCGGUGGACCUGAGCAUCUCAUCCUCUUGGAGGGAGAGAAACAAAGGCCUCACGAUGUGGGUCUGGUCCGGUGGGCUGGCAGCACCUUUGGGCCCAUGCAGAAGAGCCGCCUGGGAGAGCAUGAAUUUGAAGCACUAAUGAGGAUGCUGGACAAUCUAGGCUACCGGACUGGCUAUGCGUACCGCUACCCAUUUGUCCAGGAGAAGACGAAGCACAAGAGUGAGGUGGAGAUCCCAGCCACUGUCACGGCCUUCGUCUUUGAGGAGGAGGCCGGGCCCAUCUCCACCCUCCGGCAACACGCCCAGAAGCAACAGAAGGAAAAGACCCGCUGGCUGAACACGCCCAACACUUACCUGCGUGUGAAGGUGGCCGAGGACAGCCAAGGCGGCGCCAGCAGCCAGAGAUCCAAAGCCACGUGGAUGAAAGCGGAGGACGUGGAGAAGUCCAGCAGUGGGAUGUCCAUCCGAAUCGAGAACCCCAACCAAUUUGUGCCUCUCUACACAGACCCUCAAGAAGUCCUGGAAAUGAGGAACAAGAUCCGAGAACAGAACCGCCAGGAGGUGAAAUCGGCUGGACCCCAGUCCCAGCUGCUGGCCAGCGUGAUCGCAGAGCAGAGCAGGAGCCCGUCUACCGAGAGUCGUUUGGCCGAUGGAGAGGUGAAGGAUGACUCUGGCGUGGAGGCCUCUCUUGAGCCCGAGCCCCCCAAUCCCUUCAGCCAGCUAACCGAUCAGGAACUGGAGGAAUACAAGAAGGAGGUGGAAAGGAAGAAGCUGGGCCUGGAUGGGGAAAAGAAGGACAGUGGCCCAGAGGAGGAAGGGACAUCCCCUGAAGAAUCCACCCUCAGCGUUCCCGAAAAGAGCCCCACAAAGCCUGGGGCAAUGAGCCCUGCCGGGUCUCCCUCCAAAGCUCCGGAAGACGGGAAGAAGCCGGGCAGCAGCCAGGGCCCUGCUGAUGUUGCCGCAGCCGACAAAGCCGAGCCGGAGGCGGUGGAGGUCAACGGGAAAGAGGACGAGCAAACGGUGGAAGAGCACCUCAGCAAGGGGAUCAGCCAGCUGAACACCAAUGCAGACACCCCCGAGGGCCCAAAGGACAAAACCGAGUUGGUCACCAGUGGGCCCGUGAGCCCCGAAGGCUCACCUUCCAAAUCUCCCUCCAAGAAGAAGAAGAAAUUUCGGGCCCCCUCCUUUCUGAAGAAAAGCAAGAAGAAAGAGAAGGCAGAGUCCUGAGUCUUCCCUCUCCCCACACACACAGGCCGCCUCUUCUUCUCGCCUCUUCUCCCCUUCCUCCUCUUGCCUUCUGCUGCCCCCUCUGAUCUCGCUGCGACAUCAUGAGGAUAACAGGGGAAGCUUCCCCGGCAAUGGUCCAUCUUUUAUCAAUGCCCCCAAGAGGAGCCCGGCUUGGCAUGGCGCUCCUCUCGAGGCUGUCUCGUGGAGCCUUUGGGGAAGACAAGAAGCACCCGUGGCAUCUUCCCUCUUCCACCCGUGUCUGUGGAGCCACAGAUGCAACCACGCCUGAGAGAAAUCUGUGGGCAUCUUAAGUUCCGUGUGGGAGGGAGUGGGUGCAUUUCACAUACCCAUCAGCCACUUCUAGCCUGCUGCUCUUGCACAAAGGAGGGAAGUCGUGGAAUGCCGUCUAAGGGCUGCUUGAAGGCCCGUGGAUGGCCCUGAAGCAGGAGGGGGCUUGCACCCGUGUGGGCAGGGGUGCUUUUCACACUUGUUAAAUGGCCACAUCUUCCCUGAUGAAAGUUGUUCUGAACUUCAGGAGCAGAAGGAUGCUUGCACUGCAGCCGCAGCUGCCAGAGAAACCUAAUAUUUAUUGUGGGAUAAUCUGACCAGGAGGCCUUCCAGCACCCCCAGCCUCCUUUACCUGCAACAGGAUGGCCCCAAAGGCCUUAGGAGACUUAGGUGGGUACUGUGGGGCAGCACUCCCAGAGACGGGGGGGCAGCGAGCAGUUCCCAUCCUGGAUGGUCGCAGGAAGAGUGCCAUCUCCCAGAGACCCCCUCUGAGCACCCCCCCUGAAACCACGGACAGAAGCAAAUCUGGGUGAGUGGAUGAGGUGUGGAAAGGGAAGGCAGCGGGUUCCAUGAGUGCUGGGGACCCACCACUUGCGUGUCUGCACCAGGUGUCUUGGGUUGGGGCAGAUUCUGAGUUGCAUCGAUGAGCUUCCCAACUCCUCAUCUGCAAUGGGAAAAGAGGGCAGCUGUGAUACAAAACCCUUAGAAGGUGCCAGAUUAGGCUGCAGUUGGGCUGCAAGUUCCUUGCUGCCCGGCCCAUUUUUGAGAUCGAAAGGUUCCCUCUCAGGUAGACUGCUGAGUCUCUUUUGACACGCCAUCCAAAGGGAACCAUGGAACCCCCUUCUCGAGGGGUCUCAGGUGGGUCAGAAAUCUGGAGUUCACCUCACCUGCAUCGCAUCCAGCUAUUAUUCCAUGUCAGUCACCUAAGUUCUACUGUGUCCAUUGGGAAUAUCAAGAGCAAAGAACACACAUGCACGCACAUAGUUGCACACACACACACACACACACACACACUGCCAAUAAUAACUUGUGCAAUGAGUACUGCUGAAAUUGCAAUGGAUUAAGCUUGUAGAAGUAAUUUCUCACUGCACCGUUAAGGAAUAUUGUUAUGCAUAAAUUAUUUACUGAAGUGGCGAUAAAGUUUUCUGCGAUUGCAUUCUGCUUUAAAGAAUAUGUAUUCCGUGCAGAAAUGGCCUUUUGCUUCUGCCAAGAGAAGUGAUGUGGUGUCUAGCAUGGCUCAUAAACGCUCGGCUGGGAUAGAGAGGCAGAGUUUUACUUCCUUUUGUAUGUCUGGUGGUGCCAGCCAGCAGAACCAGCCUCUGGCCUUGAGGUGGCAGGAAGAUCCUCCUUGAAAACGUCUCAAAAUCUUUGUGUAGCCUUCAUUUCCUUUGCCAACCUUUCUGUCCCAGCUGAGAUUUCACAGAAUGGCAGUCAAGGUGGGUGGAACUGGUCAGUUGGUGAGCUUUUCUCUGCCAACUCUUGCCCAUCCCCCCCUUAGGCCACUGUCUGUCAUCCCAGCCUUCCUUGGUCUUCCCCACCUGCUUGGGCAGUGGGGCUCUGUCACAGACAAAGGCCCCUCCCCCGCCAUUUUCCUUCCCUUCUAUUUCAAAAGGGCAAAGAGGCAUCAAGAUCUUGCAGGAUCCCAAACCUGUGUGGCAGGAGGAAACCCACCUCCCAUUUUGCUCUCUUCUCUCUCUCUUCCUCAAAAAACAAGGCGAGGGAGGGAGCCUGAGAGAUUCAUGGGCCUACUCCGUGCCAUAAGCAGACUGCCUUCUUCAAAUGGAGACUUUGGGGGGUCGAGCAGCCUUUGGAAGAAAAGUCAGAUUGUUGCAGACCCUGAUUGCUCCCACCCAGACUGGCUGCAGGAAGAAAACUCCACGGGUGAAAUGGAAGGAAAGAUUCCCCUCUACAGGGCCCUGGAAGCUGCCUGGCUCUCAUUUAAAUUGGCCUGUUGGAAGCAGCUUUUCAAUUCUUUAAAAAGAAGGCUUUCCCCCCUAGGAGUAACCUCCCCUCCCCUUGCUUGCAAGCACUUCUAACAAAGCUGCUGAACUAUUUGCAGGCUAGGAGUAGUCUGUCAUGCCGACAACUGCAGUUCCAAAACUGGUCCAUCUCCUAGAACUGGUUCAUGGCAGGAAUUGAAAUAACAGGCUGAAAACAAGGCAGCCAGCCUUCUGCCUGCAGAUACCUUAUUCCAAGGUGCUAAAACAAUAUAAUAAAAACAUUACAGUUUAGUGUAAAGUGGAAAUUAGCAUCAUCUGUAGGGGAAAACUUUGCUCUAUUGGAACAAAUUGUGCCAUUCCUGUUCUUGUAAUAAAGAGCUUUAAAUGUU